ACUUGACUGUAUUUGCCUGAAUUAAUGUCGCUCAGAAACUAAAUGGAUUUGUUCUUCGACAUUAAAGAAAGGAGAUGGUGAUCGAUUGAAGUGAAAUUCAGCAGCGUGUUUUUGAAGAUGUGCAAAAUAGAUAAUCUAUUGGAUAGAAAGCAGCUGAUGAAAAUUGGAAUUGCCUUAAUUAUACUUGGUCAUUUGAACUUCAUUCUUGGAGCGAUUAUCCACGGCACAGUCCUGCGACAUGUCACUUCACCAGAAAAUGGCAGUUUGGUUGAAUAUUCUGUGACAAACGUCAUGUCUGCAAUUUCAGGAAUACUGACUAUUUGUACUGGAAUUGCAGUGAUUGUGUUAUCAGGGAACCUGUCUCGCACAAUACAGCAAUACAUUGUCUUUGCAAGUAGUAUGUUCAAUUCCCUCAUCUCCAUGGCCAGUCUGCUGGGUCUGGGAGUCUCUGUUGUAAUCACCAUUGCCAAUGGUGGAAGAACGCUUCUCACAGUUUGUCGUCUCAGCUCCACUAAGGAUGUUUUACAGAUAACAAAUGAAUGUCCGUUUGAUCCUACAAGAAUCUAUGAUACUACUCUUGCAAUGUGGAUUCCGAGUCUGGUGCUGACUGGUGUGGAGGCUUUCCUGUCUAUCAGAUGUUUCUUCGUCUCUGUUAAUUUAUUAGGAAUCAAGAAGAAGCCACUUAAAUCUGACAGGAAACAGGUGGGACAAAAAUCUUUGGAAGAAAUUCAGGAAACAGAUGAAGACAGUGAGCUUUUGGAAGAAACUACAGUGAGGUUCUGGGUGUGACUACAAUCGAUCACAUUGACUGAUGAACAGCUGUGAAAGACAAAGCCCACUUUUCCUGACAUAUAGGUCAAGUGUAGGUCAAAUGGACUUUUCAGACACUCCUAUAUUUUUGGAUGAAGUCCAAAUUCAUGCUACAACUGCCUCAACAAACACAAAAGCAUCAAACAUUUGCAAAGGUUUCACAGGAACUUUGUCAGAUAAUUUUAGAUCUGGCUUUGGUUUCCUGGCAAUAUAUCCAGUUUUAAUCUAUGCAUUGUUUUUUGCAUGAAAUAUUAUACACUUCUAUGCAGCAAAUUGUUAUGACCUGGGAUGCACUGCCAGGAAGGGGGAUGGAAGUAGAUUCAAUAGAAAAUUUCAGAAGGGAAUUGGAUAAAUACCUUUGGGAAUGGGUAGGGAAGGGAAGGUGGGAGGCAUAAAGACAAAUUUUGGAGAACAAGCAGGAGGGUGGACUAAUUAAAUAUUUCUUUAAGGACAGGAAAAGACAAUAUUGAUUGAAGCCCCCCCUUUAAUGUGUGAUUCUUUUAUCCAGUGCAUUGACAUUGUGAAGGCUAACAGGAUUGACUUUUACCACAGCAAUGUUUACAAUCAGUACAUUAGAUCUGAUUCCAAAAGAAUACUGAAGCAAAGGCUUUGUACAGUAAGGUUAAACACCUCACUACUUUCUGGUAAAUAGUUCCAACGGUUAGUCAUCAUUCAUGAAGUGACAGGAAAGCACAUGAUUUUUCAUUUAGGAUUCGUCUUGGUAAAUUACAUUCACUAAAUCUGUCAGCCUUCCUGUGAAAAGGCAAAAAGCAGCCCUAGUCUACUCUGGCCAUUUCCUGCCUCAUCGGUCAAAAAAUCAAUAGCAAAGUGAUGGAAGGCACAUCAUCAACAGGGAUAUCAAGAAGCAUUUACACAGUAAUAACCCACUCACUUGUGUUCAGUUUGGGUUCCACCAGACCUGCUCAGCUCCUGAUCUCAUUACAGCUUUGAUCCAAUGGACAAAGGAGCUGAACACUCAUGAGGUGAUAGUGACUGCCCUUGACAUCAAGUCAGCAUUUAAACAUGUAUAACGUUAAGAAAACUUGACAAAACUGCAGUCACUGGGAAUCAGAGGGGAAACUCUCCACUGGUUGGUGCCAUACCUAGCAGAAAGGAAGUUUAUUCUGUUUGUUCGAGGUCAAUCAUCUCUGCUAUUGUCUAUCUCUGCAGGAAUUUCUCAAUGUAGUGUCCUCAGAUGCAUUGUCAAUGAUCUUUCUUUCAUUUUAAGGUCACAACUGGGAAUGUUAACUCAACAUUACAUAAUGUUCACUAUAAUUCACAAUUCAUCCAAUACUAAGUUCAGUCCAUUCCCGUAUGAGCAAGACAUUUUGGUUUGGGCUGAUAAAUGGCAAGUAAUAUGCCUGUCACAGAGUGAGAGGGAAUGGCUAUCUCCAACAAGAUAACCUAACAAUCUCUGCUUAACAUUCAUUACUGAAUCCCCAUCAUCAACAUCCUAAGGAGUAUCCUUGAUCAGAAACUGAAUUGGAACAGCCUUAUGGUCUGACUACAAGAGCAAAUCAGAAUUCUGCAUGUAACUCAGUACCUCACUCCCCAAAGCCUGUCCACGAGCUGCAAGGCAUAAGUCAUGAGUGUGAUGGAACACUGUUCCCUUGGGACAAGUGUGACUGUAACACAAAGCUCAACAUUAUCCAGGACACAGCAGUCAACUUGGAUCAGCAUCCCCAUCCAACACCUUCAACAUUCUCACUUUACAACUGACACAGUCGCAACAGUGUAUACAAGAGCAGCUACUCAAGUGUCCGUUGACAGCACCUUCCAAACUUGCGACUGCAUGAUUUUGUAGAACAAGGAUAAAUGGAUACAUAGAAACAUAAACAACUGCAAGUUCCCCUCCAAGCCACAUGCAAUCCUGAUUUGGAAAUAUAAUCAUUUCUUUCCUGUUGCUAGGUCACAAUUCUGGAACUCCUUUACUGACAGGAGUUUGUGUAUAUUCAUGAUUUGGAGAUGCCGGUAUUGGACUGGGGUGUACAAAGUUAAAAAUCACACAACACCAGGUCAUAGUCCAACAGGUUUAAUUGGAAGCACACUAGCUUUUGGAGCAGCGCUCCUUCAUCAGGUGAUAGUGGAGGGAUCGAUCCUAACACACAGAAUUUAUAGCAAAAAUUUACAGUGUGAUGUAACUGAAAUUAUAUAUUGAAAAAUCGAUUGUCUGUUAAGUCUUUCAUCUGUUGAAAUAUCAUGAUAGUUUCACUUCUUUCAUGUGUAAAUCAUAAAACCUUUUUUUUAAAA